CUUUUCUUCACAGCCUUUCCCUUGUUUUGCCUCUGCUACUCUGAGCUGGUGGAGCCAGGGGCACAGGGAUUCCCACUAGUGGCGUUCACGCAAAUUCCCCAUCUUUCAGGGUGAUUCAUAGUUUUUACUUUUGCUUUCCCAUUUUAACAGUCAUGGUGUAUAUAACUAACUCCAUUUGGUCACCUUUUAACAAGUAAAAACACUAAGGUAUACAUUUCAAACGAGACACAUGGAGGGGAAGAAAGAGGAGGAGUACUGCCAAAGGGGAAACGCAAAUGAGAGUGUGAAUACAGCUCUGUUUACAGCCGGGUUACUACUCUUAAUGGUCUGCUUCAAACGUGAUUUGCCCUUGUUUCUUGUUGAACAAUGGCGAGCUUGGGUGUUUCUUGUGUUAAACCUUGUGCUUUUAGCUAUUUUUUUAACUUCCGUGAACCCAAUCACUUCAACCCAAAACCCAGAAAGCAAGAACAAUGACGAAGAAACGAAGAAGCAAAGCGGGGAUUGCAAAUCGUCCAAUGAAGUUGAAGCAUGCAAACAAGACCCCGUCGAGUCAAACAAAAGAAGCAACGAAGCUGAGGGUAAACUAGAGAAAGAGGCGGCGGUUGAACAAAACAAUGAGCUUCCCAAGCUGUCAAAGGAGGAGCUGAAUGAGAGAGUGGAAGCUUUCAUUGCCAUGUUCAGGCAGCAUUUGGCUUCGGAUGCAAGGAAAGGAAGAGACAAGCUAGAAAGAAAAGGAGGCGAUGUGAAGCACAUGAAGCUUUCAUCCGAUGGAGUAAAUUGUUUUGUUUUGAAAGUGCAGGGGUAAUUAUUUCCAACUCAGAGCUUGAAUUGUUAUUUGAUUCACAAAUUUUUUUUUGUAGUGAAUGAACAAUUUUCUUCCAUUUUUCAAGUCACAUUACAAAAUCAAGGCCCUUCUCUCUGU